AUGCUUACCACCGCGUGUAUCCCCACGACUAUCGCCUCCAACGUUGUCAUGACACGCUCGGCGGGUGGUGACGAGACUGCCGCCGUUAUCGAGGUCGUCCUGGGCAAUGUCGUUGGCUCGUUCCUGUCGCCGAUUCUAAUUUAUGGAUUCAUGCCCCGAGGAGAGGAAUUCGCCUCUUGGGCACCGGCGAACCCUGCGUCUUUGGGGCGCAUGUAUGCCGACGUGGCGAAGCAACUGUGUCUGAGUGUGGUGUUGCCGCUGGUAGUUGGACAGGCGAUCCGGUGGUGGAAGGAGGAUGGAACAAAGAAGGCAUUGGAUGUCUUGAAGCUGGGCAAGAUUUCGGGACUUUGUCUCGUAUUAUUGGUGUGGUGA